GCCAUCCAGGUGGCAACUGGCCAACUCAUUUCCAUGCCAGUUUCAAACUUGUAUAUAUACUCCCAGUCUCAAGCUUCUGAUGUCCACCACACGACUCCUCAGUCAAAACUCUGCAUUCUCCUAUCAAUCAUGAAGAGCCUCCUCAUUCUUUGUAUUGCCGCCUCGGCUGCCCUCGCCUCGGCUGUUUCAAGCCGGGUCGCCCGACCUCCUCCCAGGACCUUCGGGGGCUACGUCCCUGGUCGUUACGUCGUCCCCGGUCGCUACGAUCAGACGCGAGAUGUCGAAAGCAUCAUUGCAUACCCCGACCACGCUAAUGCAAAACGUAUUGCGGCUGCUGACGUCGAAGCAGAACCCGAAGCUCACCGUCGUCGCGGGUUGAACCACGGGUCUACCGAGCGCGGCCGAUACAAGAGGGUUGCUGACGCCGAUGCUGAUGCGGGCCCUGAAGAUCGCCGUCGUCACGGAUGGACGACCGAACGGGACCACUACAAGAGGGAUGCCGAUGCUCACGACGGAGCCCGCCGCCGUCAUGGAUGGACGACCGAACGUGGCCACUUCAAGAGGGAUAGGGAUGCCGACGCUGAUGCUGAUGCUGGACCUCGCCGCCGUUAUGGAUGGACUACCGAACGUGUUCACUACUAG